AUGUCGGACUCUGUGGAUCGCGUGUUUGUCCAUGCACUGGCCACAGUCCGCCGGCUCCCUCGAACAGGCUCCUCACGGCCGCCUCCGUCCGCCCGGCUACGUCUCUAUGGCCUCUAUAAACAAUCCAUGGAGGGUGACGUUGAAUCCAUCCUCCCGCGUCCGACCGUGCCCUCUGUUUCCCCAGACCCGAACAACUCCAAGUCAAACAACGUCCACCGCUAUGCAUCUCGAGACCUAAGGAUACGAGAGGCUGAAGCCGAGAUUGAGAAAUGGGAUGCGUGGCAUGCUUGCGCCGGCAUGUCCCGCACCGAAGCCAAACGACGGUACAUCAGUACACUAAUAGAUACCAUGAAGGAAUAUGCCUCCGGGACGCAGGAGUCUCGUGAGCUGGUGGCGGAACUCGAAUUCGUUUGGAACCAGAUUAAAAGUCAGAGCGGGAGCUCAGAGGACGACGAGGCAGAGUCGCCCACCAGACGGUUGGAGCGGGCCGGUCUGAAACAAACGAGUUUCGGGAGUCUACCUCCCGGCCAAAGCACACGAGGCGAAGGCCAAAGUCUGGUCAGAUUAAAUUCGGACCCAAAUAGGAUGCGAGUCCUGUCACCAGUUUCACAGCGAGGGAGCGAUGAAAUUGUGGAGAGUGAAGAGGUGGAUCCGAUAACCCAUGCAGUUAUUGGUCCUUUAUCUUCUUCACGACGAGCUCCCUCUGAUGCAGACUGGCGAAGUCGCAUUGAGUCUCACCUAAGGCAUCUUUCGACCGAGGUCGCCGCACUGCGAGAACAGCUAUCCGCAAAUCAUUUGCUCUCCUCCUCGUCUUUCUCCCCCGAGUUGACAUCUAGGCGGAGAAGGAUAUUCUACAGAAUAUCGACGUGGGCCAAGUGGUUGGCGUGGGCACUUGUGCGGCAAAUUUUGAUUGAUGCAAGUUUGGUGUUUCUCUUCGUCGUGUGGGCGAGAUGGAAGGGGCACAAAGAUCGCCGAGUUGAAGAUUGGGUAAAGCGUCGCUGGAAAGAUGUUACAAGGACGCUUGCUGAUAUGAAGGGGUGGCUGAGGGGGUCGAUAUCGGCGGUACGGAUUCUUGCGGUGCGGAAGGUCUCCUGA